GUUCAGCUCGCGAUGUGGUCGACGUUAUGCUCAACCAUUUGGUCGGCCGCUCAUCGCUGCUCAACGACACGAUAGGCCGACAUAACAACCGAAUUGUCAUUUUGCUCAACAAUACGGGCGGACUCUCGCUGUUUGAGCUCAACAUAAUAGUUAAAGAGACUGUCAAUCAAUUACAGACACGGAAGCUAUGCGUCGAACGGAUAUAUUUGGGAUGUUUUAUGACAUCUUUCUCGAUGUCUGGCGUUUCGUUGUCAGCGAUGGCAGUCGACGACCGCAUACUUCAACUGUUGGACAGUCCGUCCGCAUCGAGCGCGUGGACACAACUCCUUAAUACACCAAAAGUGCUCAAUCGGUCCGUCAUUUUGCAGAAUCCGAUUCCCAGUCCAAAGGAUGAGACACCGGAUUACGAGACCAUCGAUGGACUUAAGUUUGGCAGAGAGUUGUUUGUGAGGGCUAUUGAGCUCUCGUGUAAAGCUUUGAUAUCGUCUGAAAAACAUCUCAACGAAUUGGACACAGAAUUAGGUGACGGCGACUGCGGGUCCACAUUAAGUGGGGCUUCAAAACUGUUGCUUAAACUAAUAACAGAGAAACAAUUGAAGCCAUCAUUCUUCCAGUUGUCUCACUUCUGUGAGGCCAAUAUGGGCGGCACUUCCGGCGCCAUAUAUAGCCUCAUGUUUACGGCCGCCUCUCAGGCCAUUCGGGCGAAUGUCAAACGAAUAGACCGUUCCUAUGAUUACAUCGAUUUGUGGAGAGAUGUCAUUAAAUAUAGUUUGCAAACUAUAACUCAAUACAGUUUCGCAAAACCUGGCGAUCGAUCAAUGCUUGAGAGCACGGCGUCGAUGAGUGCCAACGUUGGCAGAGCUUCGUAUGUUAAUAAAGCCUCAAUCGCGAGACCAGAUCCGGGCGCUAUAGCCGUCUCCAUUUGGAUUGACUCAAUCGCUCAGGCAUUCAAUGAAUUUGCUAAUAGAAAA